AUGAGAAACUCAAUCAAAGGAAGUUCACUGGUAGCCCUAGCAAUGCUGUUUUCCAUGCUGCUAAUUCCGAGUGAGGCUGUUAAUUCAAAGCCAAAAACCUAUAUGGUUGGGGACGAAGAGGGUUGGGACUUGGUCAUCGACAUGGAAAGCUGGACCAAAGGGAAAAACUUCCAUGCUGGUGAUAUUCUAGUUUUCAAAUACGAUUCCCAGCGGUUUGAUGUGGUGAUCGUAAAUCAACGAGGGCAUGACUCAUGCACUGUUAAUCCUGGAGCUACAACGUUUGGUUCAGGAGAUGAUGCAAUCCCUCUUGCCUUCGGGGCUAAUUAUUUCAUUGAUAGUGACCAUGAUGCCUGUGCUGGUGGAAUGAAGAUGGCCAUCAACGCCACCGCACCACCCCCAGCAAUUUAG